GGCCGGCGACGCGGACGAGAAAUCUAGCCUUUAUCUAUAUAUCUAUGAUUUUACCCACGAGGCGGUGACGUUGCAUAGGGCGACGGAGCAGCCGAAGUAAAGAUGGCGGACGUGGCGGGCACCGAUCUGUCAGAUGGGAAGGAGGCUGAAAUUGAACUAAAGAAACGACAGAAACGACCGUGGGAAGAUUUGCACAAGUCCGGUAAUAUCGGUCUGACGCCGGAACUGCCGGAGACGUUGGGACUAUACGACAUAAGCGCUGUCAGGAGGGAGCAACGGGAGCUCCCCACAGAUCCGUCGCUGACUCGCUUCAUUAGCGCCGAGCUCACCAGAGGCUACUUCCUGGAACACAACGAGGCAAAGUACACGGAGCGCAGAGAGCGGGUUUACACGUGCAUGCGUAUUCCCAAGGAGCUGGAGAAGCUGAUGACCUUUGGCUUUUUCCUGUGUGCCGACGCCUUCCUGUACGUCUUCACCCUGCUGCCCCUCAGGGUGCUGCUGGCUGUUCUCCGCCUCCUUACCCUGCCAUGCUGCGGCUUCAGGGCACGCACAUGCCCGUACUGCAGAAGAAGCAGCGGGUCUCGGCUGCUGCAGCCGGCGCAGGUGUGUGACGUGCUGAAGGGUCUGAUCAUGGUGCUUUGCUUCUCCAUGAUGCAUUAUGUCGACUACUCCAUGAUGUACCACCUGAUCAGGGGACAGUCCGUCAUCAAACUCUACAUCAUCUACAAUAUGUUGGAGGUGGCUGACCGCCUCUUCUCCUCCUUCGGUCAGGACAUCCUGGACGCUCUCUACUGGACGGCCACAGAACCCAAAGAGCGUAAACGGGACAGCAUAGGAGUCAUUCCGCACUUCCUGAUGGCCGUCUUCUACGUCUUCCUCCAUGCCAUCCUCAUCAUGGUCCAAGCCUCCACCCUCAACGUCGCCUUCAACUCGCACAACAAGUCCCUGCUCACCAUCAUGAUGUCCAACAACUUUGUGGAGAUUAAAGGAAGUGUGUUCAAGAAAUUUGAGAAGAACAACUUAUUUCAAAUGUCCAACAGUGACAUCAAGGAACGGUUCACCAGCUACGUUCUGCUGCUCAUCGUGUGUCUCAGGAACAUGGAGCAGUUCUCAUGGAACCCAGACCACCUGUGGGUGUUGUUCCCCGACGUCUUCAUGGUCGUCACCUCCGAAGUCGCCGUGGACAUCAUCAAACACGCGUUCAUCACCAAGUUCAACGACAUCACUGCAGAAGUGUACAGCGAAUACAGAGCCAGUUUGGCUUUCGAUCUCGUCAGCAGUCGGCAGAAGAACGCCUGCACAGACUACAGCGACUCGGUGGCCCGGAGGAUGGGCUUCAUCCCUCUGCCCCUGGCUGUCCUGCUCAUCCGCGUGGUGAUGAGUUCGGUGAAGGUGCAGGGAGCCCUCUCAUACACGUGCGUUUUCCUCUGUUAUCUUGGGCUGGUUACCCUUAAAGUGUUGAACAGCAUCGUGCUGCUGGGGAAGUCGUGUGUCUACGUUAAGAGGGCAAACAUGGAGGACAAACUGUUUGAGACGCCCUCCACUGCUCCACCGUCCACUGGGAAACCCCCCAGCAGAGCUGACCCGGCCCGAUGUCCCACACCUUCAGGUGAAACCCUGAUGGAGCAGAAGCCCGUCACACCCUUCAGCCCUCCACCGUCCUCCGUCACCACCCAGCCGACUCCCAGGAAGGACCUGUUUCCUCCUCCGCCCGCUGAGCCCUCUCCUGCUGCUCCAGCUAGCCGCCCCCUAACUCCCCCACCCGAACUACUUGCACCGUUGCUCUCCGAAGAGGAAGAGAAAGAAGAAGAGGAGGACGAGGAGCCACAGGAAUCCUCCGACCUGAAGCACAGGACUCCCAAUAAAGACCUGCUGGAGAUCGACCGCUUCACCAUCUGUGGGAACCGCAUUGACUAACGUAGCAAUGGAAAGGCGCCCGGGAGAGACGGAGAGCCACGACCUCCUCCACCCAACGGCAGCAGAGAGACGAGUAUUCGUUUAAGUCAGUGGCGACGCAGUACGUCGUCGUGACGAUGGACAAGUGAAGGUUUGACAAAAGAGAACUUAGCAGAAAGACGGUGGCAGCUCAGUCCUCAGGGGCAACUGUCCCUCAGUGUGAGUGAGUGUGUGAGUGUGUGAGUGUGUGAGUGUGUGUGUGUGUGUGUGUGUGUGUGUGUGUGUGUGUGUGUGUGUGUGUGUGUGAGUGUGAGACUUCCUAUGUCAGAGCACACAAGCACUUCCUGUCUGAGCAUCACCGGCACCAGAAAGAUAAACUUAUACGUUCGCUCAGUAGCCGGGAAACAAACUAAUUUUUAUUUCCUUUUUUACCCGAUAAAAAAAAAAAAAAAUGUUCAUGUUCAUUUUAUAAAAUAUCUGCCUUUUUAAUCCGGCACUGUGGUUACUUCAACACUCAGCGAAUGUCCACCAGUCAAUAAUGGACUCGACCUUCACGCGAGGGUCAGAUAAACGUCAGGGAAGCGGAGACAAAGUAUAUUUAGUCAGACGGACAAACAGGAAGUGGAUUGUGUUGGAGGUGAAACAGUUUCCCGUCAGCUAAACUGAAGUCGUCUUCAUCAUCUGUCGAGUUACGGGCGUGACUUUUAGUUCACGCAGUUGACGUGUUAUUGAAAUGAUUUUUGUCAUUUUUUUUUUUUUUUAGGUAAACAGAACUUUUGCACUGAUGGACCACGUUGUGUUAAUAAAUACGACGGGUCACGUUUCUCAUUCAGCUCUCAGUUAAUGUUCUAAUGUUUACAUCUUAGAAAAUGGAAGCAAUAUUUCCCCAAACUACUACAAUGCCUCUUUUUAUUUAUUUUUUUUAAUUAUGUUGACUGAACUUGUAAAAUUGUUUGCCAUGAUUGAAAUAUUUUUUUAUUGCAAUAAAAUCAAUAAAUGUAUCAAAAACAAUAUGUUAUAGA